AUGUUUGCCCAACUGGAGGUCAGCAAGUAUUUGGUGGAGGAGCUCAAGGGAGAUGUAAAUGCUCCUGGAUAUGGAGCUGGUGCUGAAGGUAUGACUCCAUUUAUAGUGUCUGCUCGGUCUGGUGAUGUUGCUACCGUUAAGUAUUUUCUGGAUCGUGGUGGCGAUUUAAUGAAAGCAGACGACAAAGGACGCACCGUUCUUCACCAUGCUGCCGCUAAAGGACGCUGCAUGGUAACAAAGUUCCUCCUUUCAGAAGGAGUUCCGGUCGACAUAAACUAUGGCCGUGGAACAUCACUCUUUGUGGCUGCUGAAAGUGGGGAGGAUAAGACAUUGGAGAUUUUGUUGGACCAUGGCGCAGAUCCUAAUAUCAGUGUCCAUUGUUUGGGAAGUCCCUUCUUUAUGGCUCUUACUAAGCAUUCAUUCAAAUGCAUGGAGACGCUCGUAAAGGCUGGUGCCGAUGUUAAUUGGAAGACUUUUGGUCUCACUCCUUUGGGGUUUGCUACAGCGCGAGGAGGUUAUACUAACUUCAUUCAGUUCCUCUUGGAUGUUGGAGCAGAUGCUAAUAUUUCUGAUGAUUUGGGUUGGUUGCCAGUACAGCUUGCUGCGGCACGUGAUUGCAAUGAAGAGGUUGAAAUGUUGUUUCCUUUGACUUCCCCAAUUCCAAAUGUCCCAAACUGGACUAUUGAGGGUGUAAUUUCUCAUGCAAAGAUUGAAGCCAAAAAGCCAUUGGAUCAAAACGCUUGCCAAAGAAGAAAAAGUUUCUUAAAGUUAGAAGCUGAUAUAGCAUUCAAGCAGAAGGACUAUAAGCUGGCAUCAGAGUUGUAUGACAUGGCAAUAAGUCAUGGAGAAAGUGCAACACUGUACGCGAACAGGAGUCUUACUAAACUGCUAAUGGGUGAUGGUGAAGGUGCUUUGUCAGAUGCUCUCUGGUGUAGAGUGUUGCGACCUCAUUGGGCAAAAGCUUUCUAUCGUGAAGGUGCAGCUCUCAUGCUACUCGAGGAGUAUGAACAAGCCUAUGAUGCUCUGUUGGAUGCACAAAACUUGGAUCCUGAGAGUGCUGAGAUUGAACGUGAACUACGAAAGAACUACAUAUAG